ACGCCCAGUCAUCGCCUCUCUUCCAUCCAUGUCCAGCUCACCACGAAGAUUCGGGCAGUCUUGUCGAGAGGUGGCAUUCAAGAUACAUCUCCCGCAUCAACGGCCAUGGACACCCCCGACCUCUACAGCCUGUUUGAUCUUGACGGGGCCUUCAGCCUGCAGUCGGAGUGCGAUGCAUUCCUGCAAACGCCAGAAACCACCACCUCGCCCGUGGCUCAUCCAGCUCGCACUCCAGAGCAAGAUGCGAUUCCGCAACAACGCCAGAGACGAUAUGCUCCGCGAAGCCGUCAAGGCUGCCUCACCUGCCGUGCCCGCCGGAAGCGUUGCGACGCUCAUCGUCCCGUUUGUCGCACUUGCACCCGUCUCAACGCCGAAUGCCGGUGGCCGGACAAGCUUCAGAUUCCAGGAUCCAGCAGUGCAGCAAAGGCUCCAAGAAGCCGGGAUGCGGCGACUACAGCCCCCGCGGAUCUGGAACUGUUCAGUUCUCAGGCCGGCAAUGUCGACGUUGGUUGGGCAGCAGAUGCAUAUCCGACAGCAUCGACGACUGCACAUGGAAGCGUACCAAGGAUAACCGUCGUCCAGUCAUCAUCCAACUUUUUCACGUCUCUAUACAUUCCCAUGGUCUUCCAUUGCACCGGGGUCAUGGAUGCCAUCAUCGCCUGUGCUGCGGCUCAUCUUGCAAAGUCAGUACGCGAACCAGAAAAGUCCCGUGAGCUCAGCUCAAUGGCCAUCCAGCGCCAGCAGCGAGCGCGUGAGUUCAUAACAGAACAUACGGAGCGGCCCGAACGCUCAGAAUCGGGAGAGUUCACGCUUGAGGUUGUUGUCGUCCUCUUGCUCCUGAUUGGGCUAGAGACUCAAGCAGGAGGUCGAGGUCUGAGAUGGAUGCAACGGGUCAACUGCGUACGGCAAUUGCUUCAAACAUACCCAACAACGGCGGCGAAAAAAUGGAGUGCAUGGGAGAUGGAUUGCGUUCACAGACACUUUUUAUAUCACGAUGUGAUGGCUCUCAUCAUGGAGGAUGUGCUGGACCCAGACACGCGAGCGCAUCUGUUGAAUAGAAGCGGUCUCUUUAGAGACUGCGCCGCAACUCUCUCGGCACCACGGACGCAGGAUCUGUUGGGCCGGGCGGUUGCGACGGCGGCCAUCCCUCCCUUGGAAUUUCUUCAGGGCGAAAACGUCGCUCAAGGCGUUGAUUGCCUCGUUGGGUUGUCCAGGGGUUUGUUUGGCAUCAUUACUCGGCUGAGAGAUUUGCCCAGUCGAGAUUCGCAGUUCAUUGGCAUGGAUGCGCCUGAGUUUCUCAAGCUUGAAGCUGACCUUUCAAACUGGCAGUACGACGAUGAAAUGGCAUCGACUUUAGACCUCAACACCCGUUUGGAUCUGAUCGCACUUGCUGAUUGUCAUCGUCUUGCGGCGCUAAUUCUGCUCUAUCGGCGAUAUUCCAGCCGAUCGUAUUGUUUACCACAUAUAGCAUCGCAAAUCAUGUGCACUGUUUCCAGAAUAACCCCGACCAGUGCGGUGGUCUCUGUUCUGACUCCGGUUCUAUUCCUGGCUGGUGCUGAACUGAACUCUGAGGUGGACAUGACACUGUGUGUGGCGAAACUCAAGAGCAUGAGGGAGGCCAGCAAGAUGAUGAAUAUAGUCUCUGUAGAGGAAGUACUUCGAGUUUUAUGGAAAGAGCGGUUGCAGAAUAGGAUUCAAACAGAUUGGCUAGAGAUCUUGCGCGCUCGGCGAUGGACCUUUAGUCUUGGAUAA